AAGCACCAUUCGGCGAUUGUUUACAUAUCAGCCAAAGUUAUUGCAUGGGUGUAUCAGCAGAUGAAGUGAGGAAGUAUAUUGAGGACACAGCCAUCAUAAUGCAAAGCGACCUUUGGACGAAUCCUGUUGUGCACAAAACCUGAUAUCAUCUUCCUAUCCCCAUUCUCCAAUUAUCCAGCAUGACUUCCUGGACUUUAUUAGUGUGUCUCCUGCUGUGUGGAGUAGAUGUCGGCUGGUCUGGCAAAGUUUUGGUGAUGCCAGGCGAGUACAGUCACUGGCACAACAUGCGUCCAGUAAUUGAAGCUCUGGUCGAUCACAACCACAGUGUGACGGUUCUAGUCGGGUCUUCAUCUCCUACAGUACCGCACACACAGAAGGCGCGCUUUCGUUACCACGUCUUUAAAGUCAACAUGGAGAAAGAAGAGGCAGAUGCUGCGAUGAGAGACAUGAUUCAUCUAUUUACGAAUGACACCGCCGCCAAAUACGAGGGAGAAUUCGUGAUGUGGAAAGUGAUGACCAAGUUCAAGGAGUUCGGUGAUCUUUAUUUCAGGAGCUUGUUUGAUGUUGAUCUUCUAAAGACGCUUGGGGAUUCUAAUUAUGACGUGCUCUUCUCUGAUCCGAUGAUGCCGUUCUCUGACCUAAUGGCGCAGAGGCUGAACAUCCCGCAGGUCAUCUCUAUGCGCGCUACAUUCGCGUAUGCAGCAGAGAGACUGUGCGGUCAGAUGCCUGCUCCUCCAUCAUAUGUUCCUGCUGUGGCUCUGACAGAUCACCUCACUGACCGCAUGAACUUCAUGGAGAGGGUUGAAAACAUGCUGCUCUACAUCGUGCAUUCAAUUGCAUUUCCAUUGGUUACGAAGUUUACUUUCGAUGGCUACUACUCUGAAGUACUGGGUAAACCCACAACUAUGUGUGAGACCAUGGGAAAAGUGGACAUCUGUUUGAUAAGAACCUACUGGGAUUUCGAGUAUCCGCGUCCAUUCCCGCCUAACUUUAAAUUCGUUGGAGGACUACACUGCAAACCCGCCAAGCCCCUGUCAAAGGAACUGGAGGAGUUUGUUCAGAGUUCUGGAGAUCACGGCAUUGUGGUUUUCUCAUUGGGCUCCAUGAUCAAGAACCUGACUUCGGAAAGAGCCAACACUAUUGCUGCUGCUCUGGGUCAGAUCCCACAAAAGGUUGUUUGGCGUUACGGUGGGAAAACUCCAGAAACACUGGCUCCCAAUACAAAACUCUAUGACUGGAUCCCACAGAAUGAUUUGCUUGGUCAUCCAAAAACUAAGGCCUUUGUUACACACGGUGGCACAAAUGGACUGUAUGAGGCUAUUUAUCAUGGUGUCCCGGUGGUGGGUUUGCCGCUGUUUGGAGAUCAGCCUGAUAACCUACUACACAUUAAAACCAAAGGAGCUGCUGUAGUCCUUGAUAUCCAUACAUUGGGGUCCAAAGACCUGGUGGAGGCUCUGAAGACUGUCUUAAAUAAUCCAUCGUACAAGGAGAGCAUCAUGAGGCUGUCCAGAAUCCACCACGAUCAGCCGAUGAAGCCGCUGGAUCAGGCCGUUUACUGGAUUGAGUUUGUGAUGCGGAAUAAAGGAGCCAAACAUCUCCGAGUUCAGGCGCAUGAGCUGAGCUGGUAUCAGUACCACUGUCUGGAUGUAGCGGCCUUCUUACUCUCCAUCGCUGCUCUGAUCACAUUCCUCUGGGUUAAAACGUGCAGCUUUCUUUACCGCAAAUGUUUCAGGAAGACUCGUCCUGAGAGGAACACUAAAAAGAAUAAAAGGGAGUGAAUGCAAGCGUAUCAAAUCACAUACAAUACUGUGUGAUGGCCAGUCUGCAUUUUGUGUAAAAUCCAAAUUGAAUGUUUUUAAUGUGAACACGGUUGAAUGUUUUUUAAAUGUAAAAAUAUAUGUUGAUGGAAGCUUACACAAAUAAAAACAUUGUAUAAAAUUACAUAAUGCUCUUGCUGAGGGGAGUCGUGAAUCAUUAUUCAGAUUAAAGAUACAUCUCUUUCCAUUAGUAUACACAUAAAGCACACAUGCUUUUAAAAUCCAUGUCCUCUAAAGCAGGGGUCACCAAACUUGUUCCUGGAGGGCUGGUGUCCUGCAGAUUUUAGCUCCAACCCUAAUCAAACACACCUGAACAAGCUAAUCAAGGUCUUACUAGGUAUACUUGAAACAAUCAGGCAGGUGUGUUGAGGCAAGUUGAAGCUAAAUGCUGCAGGGACACCGGCCCUCCAGUACCGAGAUUAGUGACCCCUGCUCUAAAGGAUUGUUUGGCUGCGUUAAUUAAGGCUGGAGUCGGGAACACUGCCCUAAAGACAUUAUAAUUAGAACAGCAUCUAUGUUAAUGUUAGUCUGUUUAACCUUAUCCUGAGGUCUCCAUAAUCCUGGACCAGGCCGUAUCCUGAGCAGAUGCUGUGGUGGUCAUGGAGGAAUGGAGAGCAUGAGACUGAUUCCUGAAAGACGCCAGUGACAGACGAGUCUCUGCAUUGAUCCUGUGGGCCAGCCUGAACAUCCACCGGUGACCUACACACACCUCCAGCUUCUCCACAAUGGACGUCCAGCGUUCUCCAGCCUCCAGUGCCUAGACUGCAACACUGCACAAGACAUUUGGUCAAAGGAGAAAUGUUCGUGCCCAACUGAGCCUGGUUUCUCUUGAAGUUUUUUUUCCUUCACUUUCGUCAAUUGGUGAAGUUUGUUCUUCGCCACUGUCGCCACUGGCUUGCUUGGUUUGGGACUUGUGGAGCCAUUGAUGGAUUUGCUCCUCAGUGUUUGGACUCUCAGCAAUGAAAAUUAAACCACACUGAACUGAACUAAACUGAACUUCAACUCUAAAACUGGACUGAUCCCGUUUCAAUUUACUAGAACUUCUAU